UUUCAAGAUGGCGGAUAAUCUCCCUUCGGAGUUUGAUGUGAUCGUAAUAGGGACGGGUUUGCCUGAAUCCAUCAUUGCAGCUGCAUGUUCCAGAAGUGGCCAGAGGGUUCUGCAUCUUGAUUCAAGAAGCUACUAUGGAGGAAACUGGGCCAGUUUUAGCUUUUCAGGACUAUUGUCUUGGCUAAAGGAAUACCAGGAAAACAGUGACAUUGUGAAUGAAAGUCCAGCAUGGCAAGAGCAGAUUUUUGAAAAUGAAGACUCUAUUGCUCUUAGCAGGAAGGAUAAAACCAUUCAACAUGUGGAAGUGUUUUGUUAUGCCAGUCAGGAUCUGCAUGAAGAUGUAGAAGAAGCUGGUGCACUGCAGAAAAAUCAUGCUUCUGUGACAUCUGCAAACCCCACGGAAGGGGCACAUUCUGCCUAUCUGCCUUCGGAACAUGAGUCGUGCACUGUGAGCUGUGAAAUGCCCACAGAGAAAACUCCAAAGAGUGAUCUGGAGAAUUCCCUAGAAAUAAAUGAUGUCGAAGCAACAAGGGAAAAAGAAAAGCAUUGUGAUGAUAAAACUUGUGUGAAGUCAGUUUCAGAAGAAGAAACAAGUGAAAAUGUGCUUACAGCAGAGGACACCUCACUGCAAUCAAAGAAAAAUAGGAUUACUUACUCACAAAUUGUUAAAGAAGGCAGGAGGUUUAAUAUCGAUUUAGUAUCAAAACUGCUGUAUUCUCGAGGAUUACUAAUUGAUCUCUUAAUCAAAUCUAAUGUAAGUCGUUAUGCAGAGUUCAAAAAUAUUACCAGGAUUCUUGCACUUCGAGAUGGAAGAGUGGAACAGGUUCCUUGUUCUAGAGCAGAUGUCUUUAAUAGCAAACAACUUACAAUGGUAGAAAAGCGAAUGUUAAUGAAGUUUCUUACAUUUUGUAUGGAGUAUGAAAAACAUCCUGAUGAAUAUAAAGCCUAUGAGGAGACUACAUUUUCUGAGUAUUUAAAAACUCAGAAAUUAACCCCUAACCUCCAGUACUUUGUCCUGCAUUCAAUUGCAAUGACAUCAGAGACAGCCAGCAAUACCAUAGAUGGCCUCAAAGCCACCAAAAACUUUCUUCACUGUCUUGGGCGGUAUGGCAACACUCCAUUUUUAUUUCCUUUAUAUGGUCAAGGAGAACUUCCCCAGUGUUUCUGCAGGAUGUGUGCUGUGUUUGGAGGAAUCUAUUGUCUUCGCCAUUCAGUACAGUGCCUUGUUGUGGACAAAGAAUCCAGAAAAUGUAAAGCAAUCAUAGAUCAGUUUGGUCAGAGAAUAAUUUCUAAGCAUUUCCUUGUGGAGGACAGUUACUUUUCUGAGAACAUAUGCUCACAUGUACAAUACCGGCAGAUCUCCAGGUCAGUCCUGAUUACAGAUAGAUCUGUAUUAAAAGCAGAUUCAGAUCAACAGAUUUCCAUUUUGACGGUACCAGCAGAGGAAACAGGAACUUUUGCUGUUCGGGUCAUUGAGUUAUGUUCUUCAACAAUGACAUGCAUGAAAGGCACAUAUUUGGUUCAUUUGACUUGUACAUCUUCUAAAACAGCAAGAGAAGAUUUAGAACCAAUUGUGCAGAAAUUAUUUACUCCAUAUACCGAAACGGAGAUAGAAAAUGAAGAAAAUGAAAAACCAAGACUUCUGUGGGCUCUUUACUUCAAUAUGAGAGAUUCUUCAGAUGUCAGCAGGAACUCUUAUAAUGAUUUACCAUCCAAUGUUUAUGUCUGCUCUGGCCCAGACUGUGGUUUAGGAAAUGAUAAUGCAGUCAAACUGGCUGAAACACUUUUCCAGCAAGUCUGCCCUAACGAAGACUUCUGUCCACCCCCACCAAAUCCUGAAGACGUUAUCAUUGAUGGGGAUAGUUUACAAUCAGAGGUGUCGGAAUCUAGUUUCAUACCAGAAGCGAACUCAGAGACUCCCAAGGAAAGCACAAGCCUGGGAAAUCCAGAGGGGUCCUCUCAGUGAUGGAUAUACACCAAACUAUACACCCACUCUGAAAAUUCCUCCUGGCCUCAGAGUCUUCAUGGAAGAAAGGUUUGAAAAGGGUUAGAAAACAGCAGCAGGUUGACAUACAUAAUUGCCAAGAGAACAGGGCAUAGAAAUCCAAAAGGAGAUUUUCCUUGAAGAGGAUAUUGAAAGAACACAAACACUUGUAAAGCACAUUGGCUUGCCUGCUUUAAAAUAACACACCUGAGGAAUUAGCAGAUGAAUAUAAGUGGAUGGAUUCCCAGGAAUAUAGCUAUGGAUAUGAAAGUGGGCCUAUGCAUUAUUAAAGAUUUUGUGGUAUUAGGAAAGCUUUUGCUUACCACUUUGGAUCUUUGAAAUCCACAUCUUCAGAAGCAUCCGGUCAUGUAUUUCCUUUGAUUAUUUUAAUUCUAUUUUCUUUAUAGAUAUAAGCAUGAUGGCAACAAUGAUAAAAGCACAUGUAAAUGUAAUUGAGGGAAUCUAAAAUAUCUUGAUCUAGCCAGGAGGCUAUGUUUGCAGUAGAGGUUUCUUUGGUUUUCUAUCUUGAGAAUUAUUGAAAAUGCCAAUAUUAAGGUACACAUUCUUACAAGCGAAUCAUGAGUCCAUUACUCAACAUUUUUAAAUGUUAGUAGUGCUAUUUGUAUGUGAAUCAUUUACCCACUAGGAAAGUAUAUGGGACUGAAGGAAUGGAAGGAAAGAUUUGGAUAUGCUCAUCAGUAUGUGGAAAUUCUGUCAAGUAACUAGAGCCUAACUGGAUAUGGACCCAGUUUAGUCCUAGCUAUAUUACUGAUGAGAUUAGACAAAUUGUUUAUUUUGUCUAAAAGUAGGGCUCACUUUCUCCAUAUGUAAGGUGGAAAUAGUAACACACUGCCUGCCUUAGGAGAAUGAUUCUGAAGAUAAAUACAGUGCAAUCCUUUAGAUGGUUUUUCUGGGGGUAGGAAGGGGUUGUUUUCCCCUUGACUUGAAGGUAAAUAUCAAAAAUCUCAUGCAGCAAAUUGUUUGCUGUCAACUCCCCCAAUACAGUAGAUCACAGUGCUUUUAUUGCAUUAAGCUUUUAAAAUAAAACUAUUUCCCAAGUUAGUAUUUUAUAGUCUUAUAGACCAUAAAACAUAGUAAUGGAAUUGUGGUUUUGAAUCUUAAUAAGGAAAGCACUAUAUAAAUUCUUCAUAUUCCUUUUCUGGUAGGUAAGCCUAAAGUCACUAAAAACUCUCUAUACAGUAUGACAAUUGGUAAACCCUAAUAUACAAUUAACAUUAAAUUGUUAGGGUUAUACAUAGCCAGGAAACCUAGUUACAGUGACCAUGACAAUGUAAAAAUUUUUCUAGAAGCCAAGCAUGAUGAUUUGCUUUUUUGAGCAAUAGUUUGGAUUUAAUUUGUUUCAAUAAUUAAAUACAUAAAAUGUUUAUUGUGCAAUCUGGCCUACAUUGCCAAUCAGAGAGCCGUAGCUAUAGUAGAAAGCACAUAGUUCUUACUUCAGUUGCAGGGGGGCUAUGAGCUCUCCAGAUUUUAGAGAAGAUCUUAAAGGAAGCUAUCUCUGUCAGGUCACUGAUUUCUAGGAAAUGAAAAGAACCAAGGAAUGUAGCCCUGGCCUCACCUUCCCUAUCCCCUGUAGCUAUAACUGAAUCCAGGUGAAAAAAAAAAAAAACAUUCCCAGCCUCUCAGGGUGCUCCUAACUGUUCUACCCAUUGUACAGCUCAUCUCCUAUCUCUUUGGACCCUUCUGUGUCUCUCUUCCCCUUUUAUAUUUUACAAAUCAGAUAUAGUGGAAUCACAUUAUAAUCUAAUUUGUUAAUAGAUUCAGAUCUUAAAUCAUGUUUCCCAAAACCCAGCUUAUGCCAUGGUCUAAAUGCACAAUACAUACCUAGAAUCACCAGGUAUUGGCCCUGCCCCUCAAUACCAACAAUAUGAAAGAUCCCGUUAUAUAUGGAAGUAUUGAGUUUGAAUACAGUUGCACCAAUUAAAAUACUGUGCUUUGUUACAGUCUAAGGGUUAAGGUUUCUUGAAUGCAGCAUACACAUUUAUGUAAACAACCAUUCAGAGUAGGCUCAGAAUAAUAACUAGAAAAUUAUGAUAGCUUUACUGCAGCUAUAUAUAUGCAGACAAGGAAGGUGAUAUUUUGUGGUCUUAUGUCCCAACCCAUAUUGUACCCUAUUUUAUCCAUUAAGCAUCCUCAUAAUCUCUCUUCCAAGUUCUGUAUUAAAUACUAUUGAAAUAUUUAAAAGUUCCUAAAUAUGAUUAGUAGUGAUUAAAAUAUUAUACAACUGUUUAAAACAUUUUGAUAAAGAACCUUAAAUAUUUCCUGUUGCCUCAGAAUAUAAUAGAAAUCAUUCUAAGAGCUUUCUUUUCAGCUAUCUUAAAUACUGUUAUUCUUUUAUACUGUUAAAUAAAAAAAGAAAAACCGUUUUGGUUUUGUUGUAAAACCAUAAGCCUGAAGUUAUAUGAAUAAAGUGAAUAUGUUAUAUGCAAUACAGAAGUUUCAGUAGCUAAUUUAAAAUGUUGAACAUUAUUGUCAAAGAAUUCUGAUUCAUAUGUUUAAAAUGUUUAGUUCUGCAUGCUCUUUUAUCAAAAACAAUAAUACCACACAGCUUAGUAAUCUAUAUGAAAAUUAAUUACCCUGUGUCUUUGUCUAGUUGGUAUGCCUACCCAGAAGAAUAGGAAGGUAGGUAGGUUGGUAAGUAGGUAGGUAGGUAGGUAGGUAGGUAGAUAGAUACUAUAAAUUUAGGUAUUUUUCUAUAGGAAAACUGAAUUAAAUUUUCCCAUUUCCAGUAAUAUUUAGUUGCCCAUAGUAAAAUGGCCACAUUAAUAGUUAACUUCUAAGAAUGGUAGUUUCUGAGAUUGGCAGCCCUUUAACUGAAAUAAUGACCAUGAUAAUGAUUAACUUCUGUCAUAGCUAUUUUUCCCAAGAAGGUAGACUUUGCCUAAAGUCCUAAAGAUCUCACAAUUUUUUGUUGAAAUUUGAUUGCUAAAUCAUAUUUAUCCUUUAAAGCAAUAAUUAAAUAAUUUUCUCACAAAUAAGUUAAUUACUGUUAUUGAUAUUGAAUGAAUUAGCUCUAUCCUUGGUUAAUAUUCUUAUGUGCACUUCAAAACCAUAAAUAUGAUUAUUCAUGAUUUUGAAACAAUAAUAAUUUUUAGAGGAAAUAGGAGUAUGUUUUGAUGACUUUUAGGCAUGGUUUAGUAUUUUUCAAUGUUAAAUUUUUGCAUAUAUGCCAAGAAAUUAAAGAUUGUCUUAGAAGUA